CAAUAUCAGACCCAGACCUCAGGCUGUUGAGAUGGUCGUCGUGUCUCUUGACCACUGCACCUAUAAAAAGCUGUCCGUGUAUCCACAGACAAGGAACAACCGGAACAUCUCAACAAGCUAUGGGAAAGAAUAAGGCUAAAAGAGCCCUACAAAGCUCACACUACAAUGGUCCGGCUACCAAAAAGGCCAAAAUUUCUGCAAUCACAACCCCACCACCGGAUGCCCCAAUAUCAAGACCUCAGACUCUGAACGAUCUAGAUCUGACGCAUGAUGAUCUCGAAAUCAGUGUGGAUGUCCUCAAUACACUGGCAGAGAACCCAGGGAUCAUCAAAUCGAAAGUAUGCAAGGAGUUAAGGACGGCCGUCUUCACGUUUCGACAGGCUUGCACGACGGGUGUAAAUGCUUCAGUCGACUCUAAUCUCACAUCACGCAUCAGCGGGGCCUUAGCCGAUGAGAAUUAUGUCGAGGCUCGCAUCCUCUUGGCAGAGAUGCGGAUACGUGGUCAAGCUCCCAAGCUAGGUGCUCUAUGUAGGUGGACGAGAGAUCUGGACGUUGUUGGUGGACUGCAAUUAGACCUGGACGACGACCAGAUCAACCUCGAGGCAGCAGAUAUCGUCAAGAAAAGCUGCCCCAGAAAGGAGCAGCUUGUCAAAGUCCUUGACUCUAUAUUGAGAGUUGUAGGGCCAGUCGAUUGCACGAUAGAGCCAGAUACACCUCUUGACACUAAUCGGCUAAUCAUCUCGAGGAGAGAAUGGAAUCUACGUGACACGACAACAUCAUCAGAGCAGACCUAUGCCUCUGUUCUCAACAGCAGCAUCUAUGAAACCGCAUUCGGGGAAGACUCAACUUGGAUAUCUUCACAUUUCCGCGUUAUCGAAACAAUUCCAGGACUCCAACGAAAACCUCCAAACCUGCACCCAGCAAUCCUCUACGCCUCAAAAGACAAUACGAUUUCCCUCAUUGCAAAUGCCACGACACCAACACAUCACACCCACCCUAUCGUCCCAAAUCUCCACCUCUUCCACUCCGUCCUCACGUCCCAAGAAUGCACCCAAAUCAUCGCCGCAGCCGAAACAAUGGGCUUCACACCCGACGCCCCAAUCCGUGCACCCGGCGAAGAAUCAAGUAUACUCGCGCACAAUUUCUACUGGGUCGCAGAUCCAGCAUCCUGCACGAAUCUCUGGGACCGUGUAGCACCGUUCGUCCCCUCAAACAUCAACGGCCAGAAUGUUCGAGGCCUUAAUCGUCGUUUUCGCGUCUACCGCUAUGUGCCUGGCGCGGAGUACCGUGCACACAUCGACGGUGCGUGGCCGCCAUCCGGCAUCGAUCUUGUUACGGACACAUACAUCUACGAUGAUUCACCGAAAGGAUCACCUCAAUCAUCAUUGUUUACGUUCCUGAUCUACUUGAACGAUGAGUUCGAUGCAGGUGAAACAACGUUCUUUCUACCAAGUGUGAGGGAGGGAGUGCUCAAUUCAUAUCCGGUGAAGCCCGUGCAGGGCAGUAUACUGAUGUUUCCGCAUGGUGAGACGGAGGGCAGUUUACUGCAUCAGGGGACAGGCGUGGCGAGGGGGAAGGAGGGAUCGCCUUCGGCCAAAUAUGUCAUUAGGACGGAUGUUUUGUAUGAUGUUGGGGCUGGGGUCGGGUCGAAAUAGGCGGGUCACAAGUCAGGUUCACAAUGCUAGAAGCUGUACGGCCAAAAGCCAGGUAGACGAGGAGGAUGCUCCGAAAUGGCAUGCUGAUGAGUGAUGAGCUACAUGAUAUUACCAUCAGCAAGCAGAGCCAUCUGUUUUGAACAUGCCCCCUUCGAAGCGGAAUGUGAUUUUCAUUGUCCUGCCAGUCCUGCCCAAAGUACUGUAUGUAAAGACACCAACAAGACGAAUUGGAAUCGACAA